AUGAUAAUAAAAUAAAUUGAAAAACUAUUAAGUUCUAUAAAUGAAAACUAUUCCACUAUUUAAUGUAAAAAUAAUAAUAUAUAUAGCUAUUGCUUUGUUUUGCUUUGAAAAUCCUGAUGAAGCAAAUUUUAUAGCAUUUCUAGUUGAAAAUGAAAUAAAGGAAGUCGAAUCUGAUAGAAAAUUGCUAUAUCUUUUUUUGAUUCAUGAAAUAUUUUUAUUAGAACUUAAAUAAAGAAGAGCUACAAUUGAUUUUAUAAAAGCUUUUGGGAUGAAAAUGAAGAAUAUGAUUUAAGUUUUCUAAAUAGUCUCUAAUAUACAAUUAUUAGAUAAAGUCUUUUAUUUAAUAAAUAAAUGGGAGACAGAAAUGAUAUUUCAUCCAAAUUUCACUAUGAAGCUUCGAAGUAUUCUCUUACCGAAAUAUGAACUUUUGUAGAAAUCAAAACAAUAAUAAUUAUUAGAUGAAAUGGAAAAGUCAGAAAAACUAGAGAAGAAUUUGAAAAUUAUUUAGGUUUAAAAUCAUUAAUAUAUAUAAAGUCUGUAUCACAUCCUAACUAAUGUUAUAAAUUACUUAAACAAGUUUAAUAACUUGAAAAAAGAACUUUAGAAUUUAAUUAAAAUAGAAAUAAUGUUAAUAAAAUGAAAUAUUUAAAUUUAAUGAUAGAAGAAGGAGAAGAAUGUAGAAAAUUAUUAAUAAAUGUACAUUAAUAUAUUAAAUUAUCAGAGUAUAUGUCAGAUAUAGUAGUUUUAUUUAGAUCUUUCUAAAUAAGGAGAAGAACUGAUGAAAGAUCUAAAAUCUAACAAGCUAGAUUAUUAUAAGAGAAAAAAAAAGAAGUUAUUUCGUUGA